AUGCCAUUGUAUACUUUUAGUAUGAAAUUUUUAACACUCAAAAUGCAGCAAAGUCAUGUUCAACGUGUUUCGUUUUGUAAAACUGUUAGUUUAUUCAAUCAUAUUUUACAACCAUCUCAAGCCUGUGCCUUGUUUUAUCAAACAUUAACAUUUUCAUUAAAAAAUUUUAAUCUAAUUAAAUGGAUAAGUACUCAUAUUGAUAUACCCACAGCGUUACAACUUUUUAUGAUCGAUAUUAAUGGACAUGUAACAUGCAAUGAAAUUUUAUAUUCUCAAUUAACAUCAAAAGUUUCAACCUGUCAAACGAGUAAAGAAGGUGAUAUUCGAUCUGAUUUAAAUUGUAUAUUAAAAUGGAUUAGUAAAGUUAUUUUACGAUUGUCUACUGAUUAUUCACUACCAUCGAAAAAUGAACGAUCAAUGGAAUCUGAAGCAUUUUAUAAUUUUCUCAAACAAUUUUAUAUAAUAGCUGAUGAUCGAUCAACAUUAAGUGAUAAUGAUGAGAUAAUAAUGAAUGAUCAAGAUGAUGAAGAUAUCAGUAAAAGAGCAAUUCAGCGUGCAUUGAUGAAAUGUGCCGAUUAUUUAACAAAACCGUCUGAUGAAAUGGAUAAUAUUGAAUUAAAUUCUAACAUUCGAAAUUUUGAAUCAAAUGAUAUUGCCAUUUAUAAUCAGCAAAUUAUACAAAUAUUGUGUAGUGAUACAUUAGAAUUAGAAGUUGAAAUAGAAGCAGCAAAAGUAAGUAUAAAAUUAUCAAAAUAUUUUUAA